CGGAGAGGGAUGAAUUCGCUUGUUUGGCUUUGUUUUGGCGUCUGCACUGCGGCCCUUGUGGACUGCGCCACCCUCAGGAGGGCCAUGGUGGAGCAGCCCAUCAUCUCUUUUGACCCGGCCAAAACGUCCCAGGACCAGGUGAGGUGAGAUCACUGAGAUGUCGACACAGACGGGAGAACUGCAUGCCAGCAACACGAGCCAGUUGCACUGCCUGCAGGGCGCCUCUGAGUACGCUGAUGACGCCAACUGGAUGAGGGACCCCAGUGGGAACGCGACGAUGCCAAACAGGCCUCCAGAGUAUCGGUAAGGUCCAGCUGUCUGUCUGUCUGCCUACUCGGCAUGGUGUGUCUGCCCCUUGUGUGUUGUGUUGUGUUGCGUCUCAGCGCGUCCUGGGAGGACUGCGGCGGCGUGGGGGCGUCCAAGACGGAGAAGAUGAGGCAGAUAUCUGCGGCCGUCAACGGCUUUGCGCCUUCGAUGCCGUUCCGCAAAAAUGCCGCUCAGGACUGCGGCAAAGUUGACGCCAGGUGGGGUGCGUCGGAUACGUUGAAUAUAUGACGGUCGAGUGAUGGGAUGCCUGUGUUGAUGUGAUGUGUGUCAGCUCCCCAACCGGCGGCAAGCACCCUACUGUGGACGCCAUUGGCCCUGAGGGCGUCCCGCCUGCAAAUCCUUCAGAGGAAUAGCUAGCAGGGAGGGAUGGGUGGACGGAUGGUGUGCAUAAGGUUUGG